GAACCCCAGAUUUUUUUUAAAAAAACAAAAGACGGACGCAAAAUACCUGGGCCAAAGUCCAAAGUCUUAAUUUUUUUCGACCGUUGAACAGACUACACAGGCAAGCUUAACUGAAAAAAAAAAAAAAAAAAAAAAAACGAUUCUACAGUAAAAGUCUGGCGCUCCGUCCACAUUUAUAAACGCGACCCAAAAACAGUCCUCAGUUUACUUUCAACUGUCUACUUUCUUCAUCACCAAAGAACUUCCGACCAACGCGGGGAAGUUAUCGCAAAACUUCCCGGAUGAGACCGGCCUGUCUGACCAUCUGCGCUGCUAACGUUAGCUUGCCAAACAACGCACUUCUGUCCAAACUCUAAAAGUGACCAAGUAAAAAUGUUCGGCUCAGCGAGAGCAGGAGGGAUCCGAGGAGGCCAGGACCAGUUCAACUGGGACGACGUGAAAGUCGAUAAACACAGGGAAAAUUAUCUCGGAAACUCAUUGAAGGCACCAGUAGGACGAUGGCAAAAAGGCAAAGAUCUGACAUGGUAUGCAAAAGACAAAAAAGGUGGUGCAGCUCCGUCCAAAGCUGAUGAACUUGCUGCGGUCAAGGCUGCAGAGCAUGAGGCACUGAUGGCUGCACUAGGCCACAAGACUAUAAAGAGACAACCAACUGGGCUGACUAAAGAAGAUCUUGCAGAUGUUUACAGGAGGGAAGGGGCGGAUGGUGAAGAGAAAGAUGUGGAUCGUGUGUCAGGCUUGGGAAGCUCUAGUGCAGGGUCAAGAAAAAUGGUGCUGUCCCAAAAAGAAAAGGAGGCUGCUAAAAUGGGCUUACCAGUUUUUACACACUACAAGACUGAGGGAUGUCUAGAAACCACAGGAACAGCUGAGACUGUAGGAAAACCAGAAUUGGAACAAAGACAUGAGAGCAAAAAGAAAAAGAAAGAAAAGAAGAACAAGAAGGAGAAAAAGAAGAAGGAAAAGAAGAAGAAAAGGGAAAGACGAGACUCGUCCUCCUCAGAUUCGAAUGAUGACAGAAAGAGACACAGAAAGGACCACCACCAUCAUAAUCCAUCAUACCGUAGUCAGAGUGGAGCCAGACCCCAUGACAGCCAUUCAAGGGGGGGAGCAAAAGCCGAGCGAGAGCCCUCCCACCCUUAUCAUCGACAGCGGCAGCAUGACACAGACUCCUCUGAUGGGGGGUCCCCUGUCUCCCGUAACCCUGCCAGCCACAAGAUGGCCCCUGCUGGUGCAGCACAAAGCCACAGGCGGCGCCACGACACAGACUCUGACAACUAAUGUCCCUCCCCCCAAUUCAAAGACGCUUAAUGUGACCAGAACAGCUCUACAGCAACUCAACCAACUCUGAGUCUGAAGACCUCAUUUACCCUUCACAACCAAACAGACUGAGGAGACAGGUUGAAAUGUCGGACAAACAGGCUUUGACCUUAUGUUUUAUUUUUUGCACACAGUUUGAUAGUCAGUUGGUCAUUUGACACUGGGGUGUUUGAUUCAAACACCCAGAACCUCAGUGGUGUCAUAGGUGGUUGAUUUAAAAAAAAAAAAAAAAAAAGUAUUUUUUAAUAAAUUCAUGAGACAAAUAAUUGUAGCCGUAAUAGUUGUACAUUUUUCUUUCCAUGGCUUGCCCUGCUAGCUGUUGAGGAAAUCUGCUAAAUAUGUUUGACUAUAAACAUGGUCACCAUAGGAGCAUUUCUUGUGUGCCAUUUGAUUUUUCUGGAAAAGACCUAAUGCUUAUUGUAUCUUUAGUUUAAAAAUAAAAGAAUAAAAAAUUUGAUAAAAAGUGUCA